AUGCCUCUCGCGCAAAAGAUCCUCGUUGUCUUUGAGGAUGGCAAGAUGACCGCCAGCUCGAUCGUCUACAAUGACAUUGCAGCACACGGAUGCAGUGGAUUCCUUAUACUCUCGGAGCCAAACAUGAGCGAUUUGCUGGCGCUACUAGGGGCUCAAGGACCAGACGGCGGUUCAACCACGUUACCAAAACUACCCAUUUUCUUUUACAGCACAUCAGAUGCCGCACUGCAAGAUGCCAAGAAUGCAGGAGUGACAUCAAUACACCAAGUGUCUGAGCACGGAAAUGACACAAAGAAUCAGAUUACGUCGUUGCUUACCGACUCAGAAAUUGUCAAAGCUCUGGUCUUUGUGCACAUUGAAGUGGCUAAGAACUCUGCCAAGUCCUGGAUCGAGUGCCUCGUGUCGGAGCUGACAGCUCAGCAGCAGCAAGACGACGGUGGCAGCUCAGUCUUUGUGUCGAUUGUCAGAACAGCCAGCCAACCAGUGUCAGAGCCGCUGGAGCCCCACGCUCUACGACCCCAACAGAGCUAUAAAAAGUGGGAUCACAAGUACCCGAAGCGUGAGGACGAGAGAGCCCCACGACGCCUCAUGUUCUCGAGCUUCUGUCAGGACCAAACUCGUCGUGAUGCUGUGCAGGAGUUUGACGAAGCAGAGAUCGACAAGCGCGGCGGAUAUGGAGCAAUGGAUGCUCGUGUGUUUAUGAAGGAAAUGGCCUUCCGGCUUGGGUGUGCGCCUAAAUACGGUGCGUAA